AUGGCGACAUCCAACAUGUCCUCGAACGCCAAGCCCAACACCAAGCCGACCUCGUCCAAGCCACGCAACGCCGACCCCAAAUACCCCUUCUUCUUUUUCUACGGACACACGCCGUCGAAUCCCACUGGCGCCCUCAGCCAAUGGCACGCCACGUCGUUCGUCGAGGACGGCAGGACGUUCCAGACUGCCGAACACUACAUGAUGUAUCAGAAGGCCAUGCUGUUCGAUCCCGCUGCCGCGCAGGAAAUCCUGGAUGCCCCGGGUCCCAGGGAGGCCAAGGCGCUUGGAAGGGCGGUCAGGAAUUUCGAUCGGAGGCUCUGGGAAGCCAUGUGCGACGCUAUUGUGGAGAGGGGAAAUUACCUCAAGUUUACGCAAAACCCUCAUGCGUGGGCGGUUUUGUGUCCCGAGAGAACGGGGGCCAAGGUGCUCGUAGAGGCGGCGCCGCGGGAUGCGAUUUGGGGCAUUGGGAUGGGAUGGCAGACUGCAAGGGGCCGCGAGGCGGAGUGGGGCCAGAACCGGUGGGUUGUCAAGAUUGCCAAGACUGACGGCAGACUUGGCAAGGUGUUGACGCGCGUGCGGGAGCGUAUUGUUGCUGAGCACAAGGCGGGGAAACACGCGCCUGCUCAAGCUCAAGCUGCCCGCUCAUCUCGCUCACCCCGCUCGCAGCGUAAAGCCACGUGA